GCGGAGCAGGAGGCCGAGGAGCAGCUGAGGAGGCGUGCAGCCUCUCCCCAGAGCUGCUCCGGGCUUCCGAUGUGCGCCCUCCAGGAUGGGCCGACCCAAAAGAAUACGGCCAUACAUAUGGCCCAAAGCAGCUCGCGGCCUGGAGGCAGGAGGCCCAGGAUACCAAGCGUUUCCGCUGCAAACCCUAGAAAAGCCUAGGCUAGCCAAAGGGACCCGGGCCACACCCCCAUCUGAUGGCCCAAUCACUGCUUUGCUGAGAACAACUGAACAUCCGGCCUCUGGGACAAGACCCAGAGAACCCACCCCCGUUCUCCCAGCGGAGGGCUCGGCCUUAAUUGGCAGUUCGGUAACCUACGAAGGCCCAGAAAUUCGAACCUUGGGGCCGAACCUCACCUCAAACCAACCAGGAAGAGGUGGUGGCGGGAAUCGUAAAGGCAAAAGCAAGAAAUGGCGACAGAUGCUGCAGUUCCCCCACAUCAGCCAGUGUGAAGAGCUGCGGCUCAGCCUCGGCAGGCAGCAGGUGUGGGCCCAGCCUGGGCCUGGCCGGAACCUCAGACCACACCCAACCCCAGCACUGUGACGAAUGCAAGUGGUGUGAAGCAGGAGACAGUGGGGGAGAGCAUGACUACCACAGUCUAUGUCAGCGGCAGCCCAUUGGGCACCUACUUUUCCGAGAGUUCUGCGCAACGAGGCCUGAGCUGACCCGAUGUACUGCCUUCCUGGAUGAGGUGGCUGAGUAUGAAGUGACCCCUGAUGAGAAGAGGAAGGCAUGUGGGCAAAGGCUAAUGCAGAAUUUUCUGAGCCACACGGGUCCUGACCUUAUUCCUGAGAUCCCCCAGCAACUGGUGACUAACUGUGCCCAGCGGCUGGAGAAGGGGCCCUGCAAAGACCUCUUCCAGGAGCUCACCCGGCUGACCCACGAGUACCUGAGUGUAGCCCCUUUUGCUGACUACCUCGACAGCAUCUACUUCAACCGUUUCCUGCAGUGGAAGUGGCUGGAAAGGCAGCCAGUGACCAAAAACACCUUCAGGCAGUAUCGAGUCCUGGGCAAAGGUGGCUUUGGGGAGGUGUGUGCCUGUCAGGUGCGGGCAACAGGCAAGAUGUACGCCUGCAAAAAGCUGGAGAAGAAGCGGAUCAAGAAGCGGAAAGGGGAGGCCAUGGCACUCAAUGAGAAGCAGAUCCUGGAGAAAGUGAACAGUAGGUUUGUAGUGAGCUUGGCCUAUGCCUAUGAGACCAAGGAUGCGCUGUGCCUGGUGCUGACGCUGAUGAAUGGAGGUGACCUCAAGUUCCACAUCUACCACAUGGGCCAGGCUGGCUUCCCAGAGGCACGGGCUGUCUUCUACGCUGCAGAGAUCUGUUGUGGACUGGAGGACCUGCAUCGGGAGCGCAUUGUGUACAGGGACCUGAAGCCAGAGAACAUCCUACUGGAUGACCAUGGUCACAUCCGGAUCUCUGACCUGGGGUUGGCUGUACACGUGCCCGAGGGCCAGACCAUCAAAGGCCGUGUGGGCACUGUGGGCUACAUGGCUCCAGAGGUGGUGAAGAACGAACGGUACACAUUCAGCCCAGACUGGUGGGCGUUAGGCUGCCUUCUGUACGAGAUGAUUGCAGGCCAGUCACCCUUUCAGCAGAGGAAAAAGAAGAUUAAGCGGGAGGAGGUGGAGCGGCUGGUGAAGGAGGUAGCUGAAGAGUACUCGGAGCGCUUUUCUCCGCAGGCCCACUCACUCUGCUCCCAGCUCCUUUGCAAGGACCCUGCUGAGAGGCUAGGGUGUCGUGGGGGCGGUGCCCGUGAGGUGAAGGAGCACCCCCUCUUCAAGAAACUGAACUUCAAGCGUCUGGGAGCAGGCAUGCUGGAGCCGCCCUUCAAGCCUGAUCCCCAGGCUAUUUACUGCAAAGAUGUCCUGGACAUUGAACAGUUCUCCACGGUUAAGGGUGUGGAGUUGGAGCCUACCGACCAGGACUUCUACCAGAAGUUUGCCACAGGCAGUGUGCCCAUCCCCUGGCAGAAUGAGAUGGUGGAGACCGAGUGCUUCCAGGAGUUGAAUGUCUUCGGGCUGGACGGCUCAGUUCCCCCGGACCUGGACUGGAAGGGACAGCCGCCUGCACCCCCCAAGAAGGGACUGCUGCAGAGACUCUUCAGUCGCCAGAGGAUUGCUGUGGGAACUGCAGCGACAGUGAAGAAGAGCUCCCCACCCGCCUCUAGCCCCCAGCCCGAGGCCCCCAUCAGCGGUUGGCGGUAGCAGCUACUUCAAGUGCUGUUUACAGUUUUGCACAGUGGUUCUCCCCAUUGUACACUCAAGUUGUGGCCUGGGGAACACAGCCGGAGCUGUCCCCAAUGUCCUCUGCCCCUCAGCCCCUGGUCUGGCUGAGUUUGGCAAGGCCUAGGCUGUCCCUGGGACAAAGGUGCGUCCCUUCAGCUCUUCCGUGGAGCUCGGGGUUUUCUGUAUUUAUGUAUUUGUAUGAAUGUAUAUAGCGACUAGAGCAUUCUGAAGAACCACGCUGGAGCUGGCAGAGGGGCCACCGCCAAACUCAAGGUUCCUCAGGCCCCUGAGCCCCCAGCACUGUGCUCACCACCGCCGACCUCUGAGUGAGACUCCUACCUGCCCCUGCUGCCUUGGGCUCAAGCCACCACCUCUGCAGCCCAAUGCUGUCCCUUUUCAGCACUGGUCAGAGCUGGACAUGAGGCAUGUGCCAAAGUCUGACCAGAGAUUGGGCUGACCCUAGGACCCAUCAGUCCACUGCCCAGGUUGUCCCAGAUGGGUCUGCCUCUGCCUUCCAGCUCCCAGGGCACCUUGUCCUUCAUACUGGACCUUGUCCUGAAGACACCUCUUGUGGAACGCCCCAUCCCAGGUGGAGGAGGGGGGUGUCCCUGGCCAACCUUCAAACAUUCCAGACUUCCCUCAUAACAAUAGACACAUGUGCCCAGCAAUAAUCCACCCCUCCCUCUGUGUGUGUGUGUGUGUGUGUGUGUGUGUGUAUGUGUGAGAGAGAGAGAGAGAGAGAGAGAGAGAGAGAGAGAAGGGGGCAGGCUGAGGCUGUGUGCCUAUACCCUAGACCCCACCCUAGCCCUUCCCAGGACUGGAUGGACCUCCUGGUCCCAGUGUUGGGGUAGCGUGGGAUUACAGGACCCUGGUUUUUCCAUAUUUAAAGCCAACUUUUAUUACUCAUUUUGUCCAAUGUAAGCUGCCAUGUGUCUCUAUGUGAAUAUAGUCUGAGCACAAAGCUAGCCAGUUACCCCUGCCUGCCUCUUUCUUGCUCCUGGUGCUCCACAGUCUUCCUGCUUCCCUGGCCUUGCUGGAAGUGGGAAGGGAUCAGAAGUGGGCCUGGCUGGGGCUGCCCUUCCAGGAAGGCCUAGGAUCUCCCAGGGCUGAUCUUGGAGCAGCCUCUCCAAGCACUCAGGACUUGGCAGCCUUUGAGCUCACCCUUUGGGUUUCUCAGCUUUUUAAAUGGAUGAAGCCUGAGGGAAAUGGGUCCCCACUGAGGUGUGGGUCUGGCUGUGCCUGUGCUUGAGAGGCAGGCUCAGCUGGCAGUAUCUCCUCCAAGGCCAAGGUGGCCUGGUCAUCAGUUGUGGGUUUGGAGCAGCCUAGGGAGUGAGAUGGGAGCUGCUGCUGUUAGAGACACCUGCCCAUUCUGUCUUCCCUGGACAUGUGCCAUGUGCCUGGCCCAGGGCCAGUGCACAUGCAUUAGAGACACCCCUCUGCUGUGCCCUUGAGGCAGGAAAUGUGGCCAGGCAAAGAUGAGGCAAUGGUGAUACUGGGCAUUAGGCUGUAGCAGAGGCAUGUGGGCAUCAGGGAAGGUCUUCUGGAGAUAGAAGUUGAGCCAGGCCUUGAAGGAGACAUUCAGCUGGGGGCAGAGGGAGUAGGAGAAUAUCCCAUUCCAUAGCAUUUCACCUGUGCAAAGACUUGGGGUGGAGGUGGCAGCCUGUUAACCACAAGUUUGUCCCAGACUUAACAGACCAGUCAGUUCCUUAAUCUCCCACUGACCUCAGCACUCCCAUCCCCACCUCUUCACCCUCCAAUGCCCUGCCAUCAUAAAGAUUUGUUCAUUGCCUCUGGGCUGAGUACCCCAUGCCAUAGAGGCCACAUGAGCUUUGCUGUUGGUUCUGGGUUCAAGUUCCAGCCAGGUCACUUUUCAAGGUGGCUUUACAUAGGCCCUUGUCUAGAAUGAUGAGUGUGAUAUCAGUUGCCUCACAAGGAGGCUAUGAGAAACCACUGAAGCAGCCCUCACCUUGAUCCCCUAGGGCACUGACAGGACUCUUGCUUGUCUGGGGAGUGGAUGCUGGGUGCCAAGCUGACAGUUAUCUUAAGGGCAGCCAGAAAGAAGGCUCCAAGCAACAGCUUAGCAGAUGGGGCCUCUUGGACUGUCCCAGGUCUUGGACAGUGGAAUGUGCACUAUUUCUUCUAUUAACUUGAGGGAAACAGGGUAAGGAGAGGGCCUUGCCAAGGUCUUCCAGCUGGUCAGUGGCUAUUGCAAGGUAGGGGAAGGUAGCUAAAGAUGUGGCUGGAUCUGGCCCUGGCCAGUAUGCACAGUGGUUAGAGCGUUGCCUGCAGACCAAAGAGUCCCAGGUUCGA